GCCAUAUUGAAAAUUUGUAAAAAAAUUCAAUUUGUUUUUACGCUUCCCCCGUCUUGAAAUAAAGCAAAACUUCUUUACCGGAGAAACAUGAUGGCGCGUAAUGCACCAAGCACGUUCAACCAAAGCACAAAUGCUGUUGUGAAAUUACAGGCGGCUGUUCGUGGUAUUAUAGUAAGAAAGAGAUUUGAGAAAUUGAAGCAAGAAUAUAAGUUAAUACUUCAAAGCUUUGAAGGAGAUAAUGUGCAACUACUAUGGAAAAACCAUUCAAGACUUAGCUUGCCAAUAUUGCAAUGUACAUUCAAAAAAAAAGGGGAACAAACCAAAGACAUUUCAACAGUGAAACACGCAACAAGUCAUUCAACACCAGUUAGAAAAGAAAACAAAACUCAGUCAUGUCCUUCUGAAAUUGUCAAUAAGAAUUGCCACAAUUUUAUUCUCAAUGAUAAUGAAAUUGAGAACAAAUACAGAUGCUUCUCUUUGGAUGAAGUUGAAGUCUUUGGCAAAGACAAGUUCAAUGUUCCUGUAGAGAGAAAUAUGACAACAGUACAUGUUCAACCAAUGAAAUGCAGUUCAAAGAUCACAUUUGUGUCAUUAGAAGAUAGCACUGUAUACCCACAUGACAAAAUUUCAUUGCUGGAACUAAGAAAAGAUUUAUCAAUGGAACUUCUAUGGAUAAAUCAGGCAAUUGAAAGCAGAAUAAGUGUAAGGAUAAUACAUCAAGGUAUUUAGAAAUGAAGAAAAAGUUGGCAGAUAAUGAAGUGAAAUGAUAGGAUGAUAGAUUCAAGAUCAGUAAAUAGAUAUAUUUUCUAUUAAUGAAUUAUAUAUAAAAUCACAUUUUUCUAAUGGAGGUUAUACUGAAGUAAUCACCACUAAAUACAACAAUUAUCACCAAA